GAGGGCAUGUGGACACACACAGGGGGCACACACAAAAGCAGCCUGCCUGGCUCUCUGCAUAUACAUCCUUCGGGUGGGAGUAUCCGCUGAGUGGCGCAGAGUCCUUCUUGCAGUCCAGCCCUCUCUCUCUGCAUCUUUUUUCCUGCAUCUCUAUCCAGAAACACCCCCUGAACUGCAUGGACCACUGGCAGCGUCACCUACUCUUAUUGCCAUCUUCUCGCCUGGUCAUGGUUGCAUGAUUAUCAUUCUGACGGCGUUUUCUCCUCUUUUAGAUAGCGGCUGGCUGGAUCUGUGGAGAACUCCUCUCUGGUGGUACUUUUUUUUAUUUUUUUUAUUGAGUGCUCAGAGCUGGAAGAUGCCCGGGGUGGUGAGCAAGAACCCGGACCUGGAGUUUGACUCCUUGCAGCCUUGUUUCUACCCAGACGAGGAUGACUUUUAUCUGUGUGGCCCGGACUGUGCCCCCCCAGGGGAAGACAUCUGGAAGAAGUUUGAAUUGCUCCCCACGCCCCCUCUUUCUCCAAGCAGAGCAGGGCUACAGAGUGACCCUCUGUCUCCUGGGCAGGGGCCCCUAUUAGAUUAUGGCUUACCGGGCGUUGAGGAUCCCUUGGACUGGGCAUCAGAGUUGUUGCUGUUGCCUCCUGAAGCCGACUUGCUUGGGGGCUGCGGCUGGAGCACAGAUCUGGGUUUGUCCACUGGCAACCUCAAGUCCAUCAUUAUCCAGGACUGUAUGUGGAGUGGCUUUUCUGCCAGGGAAAAGCUUGAAAGGGCAGUCAACGAGAAGCUGGGUAAAGCCGCAGGGAUCGUCGAAUCUGGAGCCCAGAACCAAACCAUCACCCCUUCUGCCAGCAGUGUACCUGAGCAAGGCGAGGAUUUAAACAACCCUGCUUCCCACUGUGUAGACCCAGCAGUGGUUUUCCCAUUUCCCAUCAACAAGGGAGAAAGCGGCAGAAUUGGGCAAGCCAGUCCUCCAGUCAGUGCCAUCUCCACCGCUGUACCCUCUAAUGCACCAGUCAGAAGCAGCAGCCAGCCAAGCGGAACCAGCAGUGCCAGCUCUGGAGACGACAGCCAUAGUGAAUCUGAUGACGAGGAGGAUGAUGAGGAAGAUGACGAGGAGGAAGAGAUUGAUGUUGUCACGGUGGAGAAAAGGCGUUCCUUAUCCAACAGGCCAGUUAAUUGCCCGGCAGUGCUUCGCUCCAAAUCCGCCACCAACCUUGCCUCUGGAAAAAAUCUUCCCACCGAACUUAUCCUCAAGCGGUGCGCUCCGGUCCACCAGCAGCAUAACUACGCGGCCCCGUCUCCCUACGUAGAGACGGAAGAGGUAGCUCCGCCUCAAAAAAAGCAGAAGAACGAAACUCCCCGCGUGGUAAAGAAUGUGGUACAACCAAAGGCUAAAAGCUCCAGCCCUCGUAACUACGACUCAGAAGACAGUGAGAGGCGACGCAACCACAACAUCCUCGAGCGCCAGCGUCGCAACGACUUGAGGUCCAGCUUUCUCACUUUAAGGGACCACGUACCCGAACUCGUUAAAAACGACAAGGCCGCCAAAGUCGUUAUUCUCAAAAAAGCCACUGAAUACGUUCACUCCCUUCAGGCCGACGAACAAAGAUUGUUACAGGAGAGAGAAAAACUUCAGCUCCGACAGCAGCAGCUCCUCAAGAAAAUAGAGAAAGCACGGACUUGCUAGACUUUGUUCCUUUUCCCUCUCCUUCUCUUUCCGAACUGUCACUGCCACUUUGCACAAAUAUUUGAUUCUUCAGAGCAAAACGAGAAAAAAAAAAAAUAACGAGAAGUGUCGUUCUUUUUUUUUUUUU